AUGUCAAGUAGAGCCUCGGCAUUCGCGGAUCUUUUACAGACGUCUUUGAGUUCUCGGACGGUUUAUCUCAAAUGUGUCCCGGCCCCGGUCAACUUCUCGGAGCGUCGCGGCGUUCUGCGCGCUGUCCAAAAAAUUACACACGAAACUGUCGAGACAUUCAAAAAGCUCGAAGAUAAUUCUUCAUUCGUCGUCGUCACCACUAAACCAGGCACUGCUACUGCCCUUGUCAACGAUUCCCCCUUUCAGCGUGUCGUUAUUGACCAAGAUCCGAACGCUGCCUCUUCAUCCUCCCCCUCCUCUUCCUCAUGGGGUGCAGAGUACGACAUACGAGGAACUAUAACUACUCCUGUUCAUUCGCAUGCGCCCUCUAGGUUGUUAACAAGGGAAACGCCGGCCUUGUCUGAUCUGGGCGUCUCAUAUAGACUCUUCACCCUACAUAUGUUCGCCGCGAAUAAGACGUACAAUCAUAAGGAGGCGAUUAGGAAGAACCCUCUCCACGGGCCAUGGCCAUCUCAUAACGCUAGAGAGACAUUCGUGUCAGCCGCCUUGCGUAGGUCUAUACCAUCUGGGCCCAUGGCUCCAGCGUUGCGGGACUGGCACACUGCCAAUCAGUUAUCGCGCGAUUCGGUCAGUUUUGCCGACGAGGGCGUCGAGGGAGCAGCAUCUGUUCUUCUCGGGAAAAAACGUCUAUCUUCGAAGGAGAUAUUUUUCUUGGAUCGUAUUAGAGCACGACGAAAUGCAAAGGGGGUACCGGACAUCAUGAAAAGUCUAGCUGCAUUUGCGAACGAGCAUGCUCGCGAUGCACCUUCUAACGCCGUCAAUCCGUCUAGGAAGUGGGAUAAUUUCCAGUCAACUUAUUCCAACCUUAGAACGAAUACCGACUCCUUGCUCGGUGAAUCACCCGACGAUGUUUCUUCAGACCAAGAGAAACCACUUGCCAACGAAGAUACAUUCAACUGA